AUGAUCCCAUAUUCUCACGAACAUCUCCAAGACCGGCCGUUUCCAGCCUCUGCCAGACGCGAAAGCACUGCGACCGUUUCUUCCACCCCCUCGACCGCGACCUCGUCCCGCUCGUCCGUCUCCGGCUCCCUCUGCUUCGUCUCUGAACCGCCCUUCUCGCCCUCUCUAAGCCCGUCUUUGUUUCCUUCGCCAUCGACCUCAGCGUCUGUGUCGCUCGCAUCCCGGCCGCGAGAGGGCUCCCUCAAUGACGAGGUCGCACGAUUACCGCUCAACCCCGCGGUGACGGUGUCCUUCGUCAGGAGCAGCAGACUCUUCAAGCUCCGGUAUACAUUCAUCAAUAUCCGGAAGGAUUUCGCCGGCGCUUUGAAAUGCCUCGAACUAGGCGGCGCAGUUGGGCAGCAGACUGCCUUUCUACAUAGCUUUAAUACAACCCGUCUUCCCGUACCCCACCUCGAACAUCCGAUCACCUCCUCAGAGCCCUACACCCCGUCCUCACUCCGCAUCUCCUUCCUGGACGAGCAGACCGUCCAAACCGGCGCGACCGUCUUUGCAACCCAACUCUCCUACACAUUCGAAUCCUGGCUGGACUGUCUACAGUUUCAAGAACUCAUUCUCGCCUCGCGAAUCGUCUUUAUCGCAGGUAUCGCCGAGGCGAAAUCCAAAGGUCGUGGCGAGGAGUGUAUAUCGCAGAAUCUGCGGAUCCUAAGGCAGGACCAUACGGGAAAACUGGUGAUGCUCUUCUUUGCCAAUUCGCAGAGGAAAGAGAGGAAGCGAUACGUUUCCAUCCCACUGAAUCACAUUCAUUAUGGACUGCGCGCUGACUACAGUCGAUGGCACCUAGUGAGCUGUAUAGAGAGCGUCAUGCCAGGCAAAAACUCACGGCGACCGGUGGUGCUCCAGCUCCAGCCAAACUUUGACCAUCUGGCACAGAUGAGGACGCUGCAGAUCUCGUUUCUGGAUAGCGACGAUAAAAAAGCGUUCUGUGAAUUUCUCGCAGCCAAUAAUCGAUGA